AUGGAUAGGAUCAGUUUGUUGCCAGAUGAUGUAGUUUUUAAGAUAUUGUCAUUCGUUCCAACCAAAGUUGUUGUAUCCACUAACCUUUUGUCCAAGCGAUGGCGUUAUCUCUGGAAGCAUGUGCCAAAGCUUGAUUAUCGUGAUCCAUCUCUUGUUGACACUGAGCAUUGGAGAGCUUCACGAUUUGUUGACAAGUUUUUGCUACUUCACGAAGCUCCAGUCUUGGAAACUCUGCAUCUCUCACUUAGUCGAAAUUGUCCUCCUUCAGAUAUUGAAACAUGGAUUAGUGUUGCGAUUUCUCGUCGAGUGCGCAAUCUUCAUAUUUACCGGUACAUACCCAGUACAGGGCCCAUACGGUUGCCUAGGAGCCUGUAUACAUGUGAAACCCUUGUGUCCUUAUACCUCCUACUAGAUUUCACUGUGGAUGAUGCUCCUUUCAUGUUUUGUUUCCGGUCACUCAAGGUUCUGGUCCUUUUAUUUGCGAAAUUCUCAAGUGAUGAGAUUGUUAAUAGACUUUUAUCCGGUUGCCCUGUCCUUGAAGGACUGAUAUUGAUUCGUCGAAAUGACAACGUGAAAAAUUUCACAAUCGCGGCUCCUUCAUUGCAGAGAUUAAUAGCCAUAGACUGUCGCUCUCAAGUUCCUGGAGAUGAUGUUGGGUUUGUGAUCAAAGCUCCGUCUUUAAAGUCGUUGACGUUGUUGAACUUUUCUCCCCAUAGUGGGUUCCGUUCUUUAGUAAAAAUGCCAGACCUCGUGAAGGCUUCUAUCAAGGUUCGACAUGGUGAUUCUAAGAUGUUUAUGGGUUGUCUUACCUCAACCAAACGCCUUGCCUUAUGUCUACAACCACCACUGGAUUCAUGUCCUAUAGGCGUCUUCAAUCAGCUAGUGUCUCUAAGUCUUUGUACAUGCUCUUUAGGUUGGUGUCGUCUUAUACUCAACCAUACACCUAAACUCCGAGUUCUCAGAUUCGAACAAAGACAAGCAAAAUUUUAUCAAUUGCUAGAUCCUCUUAAGAGAUGUUGCAGCAGUUCCGUAGAUGUUCAAACUCAAUGGGAGCAGCCGAGUUCUGUUCCUAAGUGUUUGAUUUCGAGUCUUGAAACUGUUGAGUGGAUUGAUUACAAAGGAAGAGAAGUAGAGAAAAAAGUGGUGAUGUAUUUGCUAGAAAACUCUCGACAGCUUAAGACAAUGGCUAUUAGAUCCCUGAAAUCGACCAAUGAUAACGAGAAACUCAAGAUGCUGCAAGAGCUAUCGUCCAUACACAGGAUUUGUACUAAAUGUGGGCUUUCCUUCACCUGA